AUGGUGAAGAAAAGCAGGCAUUUGAAAGGCAGACAUAUGGUUGUGGUGGUGGAGGAGAGGAAUGGAGAAAGUCAAGAAUGAGAAUCAUGAUUGAUGACCAAAGACUUUCCUUGGGUAUGGUGCAGGAAUUUAUUGAGGGUAACUCUGACAUGAAUAAUGGAAUGCUUAGGGAUAUAGUUAAUUGUAGAUCCCGAGAUAAAAUUGGCAUUGGAAAUCCAUCUGCUGAAUGCAUUGCAGAAGUUGAAGCAGCAGCUGUUGAAACUCGUAGACCACUUGAUCUGCCGUUAACAAGAGGGGAACCUGGCUUGUCAUUCUCUUUGUUUCUGCAAAAUACAUGCUUAGUUGCUUGA